AUGAUGGGGUUCCAUUCGAAUGCAACUUCAAAUGCAACUUCAGACGCAAACGCAAAUACAAUCGCCACUGCAAACGUGGUACGAUUGGAGCAACCACGACAAUUAGCACAAUCAUGGAAUAGCAAUAGCAGUAGUAAUAACAACAACAAGGGCAAUAGCAAGAACACAAGCAAGAGCAAGAGCAACCAAGACCACACUAAUCGACCUCCCAGUAAUGGCAAGAAAAACCGCAAAAAUCAAGUUUCCAUAAGUCACCUAAUGAAUUUUCAGUCAUAUCGCGAUACAGAAGAAUAUCAACAAAGUAAACAUAGAGAGCGGACCAAGAGAAGACCGAGCAAAAAUAAGCAAGAUGGUCGAAGAGUGGAGCUUACAGGGAUGAGGUUCUUGAGUGUCAACUUCAAGUUUGUUGUUCAUGAACGUUAUACACCGCAACUAUUGCAUUCGGACCCUAAUCUUCCCAUUGAUUUGGAGAAGGUCAUAGCAGUUAUUGCCCCCCUGAGCACCUGUCCUAUAUGUAUAUCUUCCGAUAUGAUUGCACCACGAAUGAUCUGUGCUGGGGGCCACGUUUUGUGUCUUUUGUGCUGUUUGCGGUUGAUGGCUAAUGAUGGCCAUUGUCCCAUUUGUUUUGAAUAUGUCCGAAACUUGAGGCCAGUUAUCAUUUCGGAUGAGUGUUUUGAACGACCCCGCGUCGGAGAAGAUGUCAUUUUGAAAUUGAUGGAACGACAAAAUCAACUUGCAACACCAGUACUCGAGUCUGCUACCGCUUCUGAUUUUCCAGACGCAAGGGAUAUAUUGACAGCUCCUUAUUUCAGGUUUUACAAAGGCGACCAACAAUACCUCCUCGAUUUCUUUGAAAUGGAACGAAUGUUGGUACUUGCAGUUGAUGAUGAAGAUAAGGAAAUGGUGCCAAAAGGAGUACAGCAUAUUGAUCAGCUUCUAUCACAAUGGACAGCACCAUUCAAUAUAGAUGAUCAAAUCAUGCCUCUGGAAAACGACUCGGCAGUAGCUGCAAAAAAGUUUUUCUAUUACACAACCGGAUGUAACUAUUUCCUAUCUCCUUUUGAUUUCAAAGUGUUGAAGCACUCCAGUGGUAAUCAAUACGAACUUCUUCCAACGUCAAUUGUUGCCAAAAUUGAAGAUAUCAAAGUUGAAGUAUUAGAUUCAGACACCAUUCAGCAUCACAAGUAUUUGGGCCAUUUACCAAUUGGAUCGCAGGUAAGCUUUAUACAAUGCAACUGGGAGGGAAUAAUCGAUUCCGAAAGCUGGUCACUAUUUGGAAAUGAUUUACAAAAGCGAAGCAAGGCUUCUAAAAAGAAACAAUUGAGAGAAGAAAUGAACAGGAAACGAGCACUCGACAAUGAGGAAGUUAAACUUAAACGAUUCUUCAUGCAUGGAAAUGAUCUUUCUGAUCUGGAAUACAACGAUUAUGAUACUGGAAGCUACGGGCGUCGCAGGUUUAUUGAUACUUUUGACUCUUUGUCAUUAAGUAAUCAAACUAGUCCAACUGACGCGGACAUUGAUGGAGAUGCCGGUACCAAUGGGAUUGGAGUUGAUCAUGGUGUUGCCGAAUCUGAUAAGGGUGGUAGAUACGAAACAACUGUUUGGGGCACGAGAAUCAAAGUACAUUCUGACGAUGACGAUGGGACAGACGACUUAGAAAAAGAUGCCGAAGAAAUCCAAGAGAUGAUACUUAAAGCAAAGGAGAAAAGGCUGAAAAAGAGUAAAAAGUUGGUUUUGAUGUCGACUUGA